AUGAGGUCCUUCUCGAACGUUGCUCUGGCUUUGCUGGCUGCUACCAGCAUGGUCGCUGCUGCCGACAUCUCGGCCUCGGACUGCGCUCAAAUGUGCAUCAACAACAUGAACGCCAAGGCCGGCGAUCUGAACUGCACGUCCGGCGACAUGGCUUGCCUGUGCAACAGCGAGAACUACCAGUACGGUAUUCGCGACUGCACUGCGCAAGCCUGCCCCAAAGACGAUGCCGCUACUGUUGUCCAGAUGGCCCUCGCCCAGUGCCCUAGCGGCUCUGGCUCUGGCUCUAGCUCCAGCUCCAGCACCUCCUCGGGCUCGGCCUCGGGCUCGGAGACCACCACUGGAUCCAGCAGUGAAAGCACUGGCACUGGCUCCGGCAGCAGUGCGACCACCACCGGCUCCGGCAGUGAGAGCACUGGCACUGGCAGCGCUGCGACCGGCACCAACUCCACUGGCAGCGGCAGCGGCACCAUGACCGGCACUAACGCUAUUGGCACCGGUGCUUCCACCAUGGUGACCACCACCACUACUGGCUCCGGCUCUUCUGCGACUGAGACUACUUCCGGCUCAGGGUCGGGCUCGUCCACGGAAUCUGGCUCUGGCUCUGGCUCUGGCUCCGGCUCUGGAAGCACCUCCACGGACUCGAGCUCAGCCGCUCCCUCCACCAGCACCGGCGCUGCCCACCCCAUGGCCACUGUUGGCAGCGGUGUCGUUGGCGCUAUGGGGCUGGCUGCCUUCCUGGUGCUGUAA